AUGAGUGAUACUGAGACAAAUCAACCAGAGGCCGCUGCGGCGGAUGUUGUCAUUGCGGAUGUCGAGGGUGGACAAAGUGAAGUCGAAGAGGAAGAGGCAGUGCCAUCUGAACAGAAAAAGUCAGAAGAAGAUCAAGAGAAAGUAGAACAAACCGUGGCAGAUGUCAGUGAAGAGGAAAAACCGGAGCCAGAUGAAACGAUCAAGUCAGGGGGAGUAGAAUCAGAACCGGAAACCAAAGCCACCGAAGUCGAUCAUGAUGCUCACGAACAGCCUGUGGUGUCUGAGAAGUCUUCCACACCAGAGGCGGAAGACAAGCAAGCAACAGCCAAAGUUCAUUCAUCAUCAACUGAACAACUGAUAACACCGAUUGAACAAAACAAAGAACUAUCGGGUGAAUUGGAAUACGAACCACUACUAGAUGAACAAACAGUCGAAGAAGAUGAGAAAAAAGCGAGUGAAACUUCUACUACCAGUGCAGUGGAAGGGAUGAGGGAAGCACAUGUGCCAGUGACAGAAAGGGAGGAAGCACCGGACGAGUAUGUUGAACCGGAGAAAAUACAAUCUGUGUCCGAAAAGCGGCAAAUAUUUGAAACUCCGGUUGUACCGGCGACAGCUAUGAAACCACGAACUGAAGCGCUUUCAUCGGUAUCUGUCAAACGCCAGGUCAGCUGGGAACCGCGGGUGGAAACAAUUACAGUGGACCAGUCGCAGACCACGGCUGAGAAUGCUGGACAGGUAGCGUACAAUGCCGUGCCAAGUAGGAUUUCGUAUCCAAGUGGUCAGUCAGUGGCGAACACCGCGGACCAAAUGAGCAACAUGUCGAUCAACACAGAUUAUCCGGCCCCAAGAAGGACUAAGGCUUAUCAGAGCGCGCUGUAUCGACGACAGCCCGUCUCCCAACAAUCCAGUCAACCGUUCUAUGUUAAACCAAGCUACUGUAUUGCACCGCAAUCUGUGCCCAGUACGCCUAAUCCCCCUCCCGUUUCUCGAGACUCGGGAGAAGCAUGGAAUCACUACCCAAAUCAGGCACUUCCUCUGUCCGUUCCACCACAGCCAGUAAUACGAUCAGUUCCCGCCCAAAUACAAACGGCACCACAACAAAAUUAUCCAGCCGCGACACCUGCACGAAAAAUUUCGGGUACACCACCUUAUGUUGGUUCCCAAGUCAUUGCUACGAAUACGGGACCAUCGUCAACCGUGCUUCUUCGACGCCCAGUAUCCGAACGACAUUGGGGUUUCACGUUCUUCGGUGGAUCGGAAAACGGUUGCCCACCAUUCGUGAACAAGGUGACCAGUGGAUCUCUCGCUGCCCAACACGGAAUGGAAGUGGGCGAUGUGAUUGUGAGUAUAUGCAACUCACUCACUGUCGGCAAGACACAGGAGCAACUCAAAGCGGAUAUACUCCGUGCUGGCAAUGAGUUGGAUCUUGUUCUGAUCAAACGCGGAGUAGACCUGGACAAAAUCGCUCAGCUUGCACCGAAAGCUUUGCCAACCACUCCGCGGAGUCCACCACCCGGAGCAACUGCUUAUCCUGAUCGACAGUUUUCGUUCCCCGGUCCAGGAGUAGUCGCGCGCAGUCCACGUGUAGAACCGGCCAUCUCCCGCGGUCGCUCAUUUCGUUCCAUUAAAACCAAAUCAAUUCGUAUACUGGAAGAACAACUGGCCUCUGGACAAUCACCCAGCUCGGUCGUUCACACAAAACAACACUUCCAAGGUGCGCGCGGUUUGCCAGCUUCCGGCACUCCCAGCUCAUAUAUGCGGGCGUAUGGACAGAAUCCAAAUCAGGGCUAUUUAGGUCGAUCCAUGCCCGAUUCGACCGGGCAAAAUGAACCCGGUUGGACAGGUCGGGAGACUGUGGUCCCGGUUCAGGCGGUCCACUACGCACAACCGGUCUAUGCUCCGUACGAGCCAAGUUAUGCCAGUGAUCGUGGUGCCUCGCGAUGGGAUCAGGGUAGUACAAUGGGGCAACCGACAUGGGAAACACAAUCGUAUUCGGGUCAGACAUCUGGAUGGGCAGUGCCAACACCGGCCCAUCAACAACCACAAAUGGCCCAACCACCGAUGAACUUGGGUUCACCGCAGCCCGUUGUGUACCCCAAUCCAAGUUAUUCCCCCGGAUCCGUGUACACAGCUUCGACCAACAUCAGUGUUCCAGUGCACGCUCGUCCCCAGUGGCCAAAUCGGUCCUAG